AUGCCUCCGUCAGGAGACUCACCUGCUGUGGUCGUGGGGAAGUCAGCGGUCACUGAGAAAUUGGCCUUGGCAGAAUUAUAUGAAGAUGAAGUGAAAUGCAAGGCUUCCAAAGCUGAUAGACCUAAAGCUACAGUCUUUAAAAGCCCACGAACACCACCUCAAAGGUUCUGUUCAGGUGAACAUGAAUACAGUGGAUUACACAUAGUCCGACCUUCAACUGGGAAAAUUGUGAAUGAACUUUUCAAAGAGGCAAGGGAACAUGGGGCCGUCCCUCUGAACGAAGCCACAAGGGCUUCAGGCGAUGACAAAUCUAAGUCUUUUACAGGUGGAGGCUACAGAUUGGGUAACUCCUUUUGUAAGCGGUCUGAAUACAUCUAUGGAGAAAAUCAGUUGCAAGAUGUUCAGGUUUUGCUUAAGCUGUGGAGCAAUGGUUUCAGUUUAGACGACGGAGAAUUGAGACCUUACAGUGACCCAACAAAUGCUCAGUUUCUGGAGUCUGUUAAGAGAGGAGAGAUUCCCGUGGAGCUUCAGCGCCUGGUUCACGGAGGCCACGUGAAUUUGGACAUGGAGGACCACCAGGACCAAGAGUACAUCAGACCUCGACUGAGGUUCAAGGCUUUCAGUGGAGAGGGGCAAAAACUUGGGAGCCUUACGCCCGAAAUAGUCAGUACGCCUUCCUCCCCAGAAGAGGAGGAGAAGUCACUACUGAACGCAGUUGUCCUCAUUGAUGAUUCAGUGCCAACGACAAAAAUUCAGGUCAGGUUAGCAGAUGGGAGCCGUUUGAUACAAAGAUUCAAUAGCACACACAGGAUCCUGGAUGUCCGGGACUUUAUUGUACAGUCCCGUCCUGAAUUUGCAGCUCUUGACUUUACUCUCGUGACUUCGUUUCCAAACAGAGAGUUAGCAGAUGAAAACCUGACGCUGCAGGAAGCAGACAUUCUCAACACUGUGGUCCUCCAGCAGCUGAAGUAGCGCUGCUCCUGUCCCCGCGGUGGCGCGUCGGUCGGAUGGUGCGCCGUGUCAGUGAGGAAGACACUUAGAGCAAAAAAAAGUUAUUUUUAUUAUUUAUACAGAUAAAUUUGGGGUUUAUUCUUAUCCUUUCUUCCAGCUUUGGUAUAGACGAAUUUGGGCUCAGAAUCGAUCUCGAAGAUAAAAAUGUUUGAGGUUUUCGUUACAAGGGCUGGCUUCUGGUGAUAGCUUUUAAAUAUUCAGGCAAAUCAGUUUGUUCCGUGCUCAGAAUUAAUGUCACAGCGUUUGUUUGCAGAGAAAAUGAACAAAACCCCAUUCUGAUAAAUGCAUUUGAUAAAAUUUGCACUAAAAGUUUCUUAAUGCUGCCUUGAUUAACAGCCAUUCAGAAAUCUUCUGACAAAAUAAUUUGAAAAUUUUUCUGUAAUGUAUACUGAAAAGUAUCCAAAAUCGGAUUUUGAAAUACUUUGAUCAUACAAUAAUUACUUCUCCUAUGAAGAUUUUACACGUCCUUUUUACUUGCUGAUUUAGCUGUAUUCCUCACGUCAGAAAAUACAGUUUAGCUUGGUAUUUUGCAGAACUAUGACCAUCAUAAACUAGAAACAAAGACACAGGGUCAGCAGUUCUUGAGAAGAUGUGCUAAAAGCACUGCAGAGUGGAGUGGUUACAGUCCCUCUCAGCCUGCCUUGAUCACCUUCGUUUAUUCAUUCAACACGUGGGACCCACUAGGGGACCCACUGUGAAUACUAAGCACUGUUCUAAGUGCUCAACCCAGAAUAUUCUCUACGCCAGGACAAAACGAGUUCAGAAAUACAGAGAUGUAAAUUCUGUCAGCCGGACUGGACCUGAAGGGUUCCCAGCGUGAACGUGCACUUCUGCUGAAGCCUGGGGCCUCCUCAGCGAGGGGCUACAGCAGGACUGAGAGAGAAGCCCGUCUUCUUCCCGGACACCUUGCGUCUUUGGGCACUGCUCCUGGUCAGUCUUCUCUUACUGCGGUAACCAAUUACUACAAAUUUAGUGGCUUAAAAUAGCGCAGGUUUCUUACUUCUGUAGGCUACACGUCCCACGUGGGCCUCGCGUCAGUGUCGGCGGGGCUGCAUCCCUUUCGGGAGGCUCCGGGGCAGAAGCCUUGCCUUGCCUUCCAGCUCCUAGAGGCCCCCUGCGUCCUUUGGCCUGUGGGCCCCUCUUCCAUCCUCAAAGCUGGCAGCAUUGUGUCUCUGACUCUUCGCCGUCAUCACCUCCCUCUGACAACAGCCAGGGAAGAUUCUCUGCUUUUAAGGACUCAUGUGAUUAGAUUAGAUCUGCCAGAUAAUGUAGGAUUAUCUCCUCAUCAUAAGGUCCAUAGUAACCUUAACCAAUCCCGUAAAGCCCCUUUUGCUGUGUAAGUGGAUGUGUCACAAGCUCCUUCUGGGGGCCCUGGGGGUGAACCUGUUCCUUGCCUCUUCCAGCCUGUCGAGGCUGCUGGCAUCCUGUCACUGUGGCUGUGUCCCUCCGACCUCUGCUUGUCCUGAAGUCUUUUACACCAACUGUGAUUCUUCUGCUAUCUUCUUAGAAGGAGCCUAGUGACUACAUUUGGUUUACCUAGAUAAUCUGGGUUAAUCUCAUCUCAAAAUGCUUAAUGUAAUCACACCUGCUAAAUCUCUUUUACCAUGUAAGAUAACAAAUUCAUUGAUUUGAGGAUUAGAACAUGAACAUCUGGGGGGCCAUUCUGUCUACCACAGUCCACUCCUGUCCCAGAGAUUCACAUUCCAAGUAAAAGUCACCCAUCCAGGGGUGCUCGAAAGUCUCAGCCCAUCAGAACAGCAACUUGAGGUGCAAAAUCCUAACUGAAUCUCACCAGCGCGGAAGUCCCAAAUCUCAUUUAAAUCAUCUGAAUCAAGUAAGAGGGGGAUCUGGGUAUGAUCCCUGGGACACAGUUUCUCUCAUCUGUGCACCUGGGAACCUAGAAAACCGCGUAUCUGCUCCCACAUACGAUGGUAGGAAAGGCAUAGAAUAGCAGUUACAGUCUUGCUUUAAAAAAAAAAAAAAGAGCCACCAGUGCUGAGCAAUUUAGAAGUCCAGCGAGGGACCCACCGUCAGAUUCCAAAGCCCAGGAGUGAAGGGUCCUCUGUGGCUCCCACCAGCAGCCUCUCGGCUCGUGGCUUUCUCUCAGAGUUCUCUUCUUUCUCACGAAAGGUAGCACGUGUUUGCAGCUGCGGAGUUUCAUCAGCGUACGUCUUGCCUGUGGAACUGUGGGAGGCCCAGCCAUCUUCUUUCACUUCUCACCAUCUCUCCCUUUUGGUUUUAAACGACAGUGGCUGCUGCUGUCAACGCCCUCGAGAAACUUGUGGAUCUGCUGUAUGUGUUACAGAGAUUCUCUCCUUUGUUAGACCAGAGGCUCCUCCACAGAGCUUUCCUAGAUCAUCCGGCUCUAUUUUUGGCUUUUUCUGAGAUGACUGAGGGGAUCUGUGAGCCACACCCUUAAUCUCUCCAAAAAGCCUUCUGUGGGACUGAAUUCUCAGACAUUUUGUUUCUUGGGUGUUGGCAGCAGUUGGAGGGCCGCACUCUGUUUACCUGGGGCAGGUCCUCCUGAUAGUGAAUCUCUCCAUUUUAAUGUCUUUUGCCAUUUAGGUAAGCUAAGAAUUUCCAAGUCAUCAGAUCCUGUUUUUUGUUUUUUAAACAGUCCUUCAAUUUAUCUGUAACCAGGAAGAAGUCAGCAGGCUGCACCUUCCACACUUUGCUUGGAAAUCUCUUCAGUUACAUAUCUUAAUUCUCACUCUGCCGUUUGCUUUCCACACGGCCACAGUCACAGCUCAGCUAAGCUUUCUGCCACUGUUCUCGCUGGACUCUUCCUCCAGAUUCCGACACCGUGUUGCUCACCUCCUGCUGAGCCCUCGCGGGGCACCUUUAGUGUCCUCACGUCCACCGACGGUGUCUGCCCAGCAGCUGAGCUCUUCCCUCCCGUGCCCCGCCCCUCGGAGCCCGCGCCCGCAUUAACGCCCGGAUGUUAAUGCUAACAGUAUUGGAGGCAAUCUUGGCGCUCUCGUCUUGCUCCUGGAAGAGUCUUCCAACCUCUCCCCACUGCCCAGUUCCAGAGCCACUUCUGCGUUUUAGGCAUUUGUUGCAGCAGCACCCAUUUCCAGGCGACUGGAAAAGUCUGCUCACUGCCAGUUGACUUGCAGUGCCCAGGGGAGAUGUGGACCUCCCUUCUCUGGGGGCUCUGGUCACUUCAAGGAGCCAGGGGCGUGGACGGUAGGGGUGCCACCAGAGCUGCCACAUGACCAAGGUGUCAUCUCACCACCACAGAGAAAACUCUCAGAGCUCUAAUAUAGAGUAAGAAGAAUAUUCCUGAGUCUUCUCAGAAUAGGGAGCCCUGUUUCUUUCCACUGAUUGAAAACAACUAGGAGAAGACAGGAAUAACAGUUCAAAAAGUCAGCUUCUGUUCAAAAAGAUUUCCAGGGAUAAAACUACGUUUUCAAGAAGGAAGGUCCUAUUCCUAGGGAAAUAAUCUAGUGACAUUUAAAAUAAAAGGUCAUCGCCCAGUUUUCGAUUAACAAAAAGGAGAAGAAAAUUAACCAGACCCUGUAAAGUUAUGUGAAAUCUUAUUCUUGUGGUUUGUUUUUAUCAGUUGGACAGAGUGCUUAUAGACACACAGAAAAACACUGCCGUUUUUGUAUAGAGUAGUCUCCCAAAAAGACCUUCCACCAGGAGGGAGGAUGAGACACCCAGAGGGAUGUCCCUUCCUGUGUCCUGCAGUGUUUUGCUUCAUCUAGAGUUUUCCUGAAUUCUUUUUACUGUUGCAGUCACUGUAACUUUUAGAAUUUAUAAUCAUCUCAGAAAAGAUUGUUACAGUAAGCAGCUAGAUCACCAUGGUGAGGUCAUUGUCUUGCAUGACAUGUAACCAAAAAGCUUUGUGUCUGCUGACCAAUAAAGAAUGUUUUCACUGAAACUCA